ACAUAGCAGCCAACUCCGACUAUACUCAUCUCUAAUUCUUAAACUCUGUCUCUGUUCUGUUCCAUUUGUUCUUCAUUCAUCGCAUUUUGCGAAAUGGAGACGAACUUGUGGGAAUGGGACCACUGGGUCGAAGCAGCACUCUCAAAGCUUCAAACUUUAAAAGUGCUUCGCUCUCUAAGGCCCAUUUACGUCUCCUCCAAUGAACUACAGAAAGAAAAAUCUCCACCCAUCGAAGAACGUGACGAUGAUUACGAGGUGUUCGAUGAAAUGCAACCCUGGGAUCGAUCUGCCGUUGAAAUAUCAAUCUCUGACUCCACCUUUCACAGAUGGCUCCAUGACAUUCCUAGUUCUGGAGAUGAGAUUGUCUCCAGAGAUGGAGUAGCUAAUGGUAAGGCCACCACAUGCUCUAGGCAGUUCAAGAAGCUACUUCUGUUCUCUGGAAAUGAUUAUUUGGGAUUGAGUUCACAUCCCACAAUUGCGAAGGCUGUUGCAAAGGCAGCGCUAGAGCAUGGAAUGGGCCCUAGGGGCUCUGCUUUAAUCUGUGGAUACACCAAUUACCAUAGGUUACUAGAGUCAUCCUUGGCAGAUUUAAAGAAGAAGGAGGAUUGUCUUCUUUGUCCUACAGGAUUUGCGGCCAAUAUGGCUGUGAUGGUAGCAAUUGGAAGCAUUGCCUCACUCCUGGCUGCUGGUGAUAAACCUUUGAAUUAUGAAAAAAUUGCAAUUUUUUCUGAUGCACUAAACCAUGCGUCAAUAAUUGAUGGUAUUCGUCUUGCUGAGGGAACAAAAAGUGUAGAACCUUUUAUCUAUAAACACUGUGACAUGUCCCACCUCAAGGCGCUGUUAUCAAGUUGCACAAUGAAGAAAAAAGUUGUUGUGACUGACAGCUUGUUUAGUAUGGAUGGAGACUUUGCACCAAUGGUUGAACUUGUGAAGCUUCGCAAGAAAUAUGGCUUUUUGUUAGUCUUAGAUGAUGCUCAUGGAACAUUUGUCUGUGGCAAAAGUGGUGGGGGAGUGGCUGAGGAAUUCAAUUGCGAAAGAGAUGUAGACAUAUGCAUUGGCACUCUGAGUAAGGCGGCAGGUUGUCAUGGUGGUUUCAUAGCAUGCAGCAAAAGGUGGAAGCAGUUCAUACAAUCUAGGGGUCGUUCUUUUAUAUUUUCAACUUCUGCACCAAUUCCCAUUGCUGCUGCCGCACAUGCUGCUGUUAUUGUGGCAAAAAAGGAAACAUGGCGUAGAAGGGCUAUUUGGAACCGGGUUCAGGACUUUCAUGCUCUUACUGGAAUCCGAAUCUCAAGUCCCAUUAUAUCUCUUAUUGUAGGGAGUGAAGAGAAGGCCCUUCUAGCUAGCAGGCAUCUCUUAGAAUCUGGUUUCCAUGUGACUGCAAUCAGACCGCCAACAGUCCCUUCCAACUCAUGCAGGUUACGAGUAACUCUAACUGCAGUGCAUACUACAGAUGAUAUAAAGAAGCUCACAACUGCACUUUCUCGUUACAUCAACCUUGAAGACAUUCCCAACAAUAGUUCAAAUGUAUAUUCUAAGCUAUAGAUGGGUUACACAGGUUUGUUGUAAUCUAUAAUUCAAGGAGACUCAAGUAGAUGGUAGGCCUGAUCCCCUAGUCAUCGCAUAUAUCCUUAUACAUUUAAAUUAGAAAGAGAUCCAUUCAAUUUCUGUAUUAAUGUAUUCAAUAAGAAUAGUGAAUCUAAGCUUGAUGUUAUAUAUUUAAAUAAAGCAAUUUUGAGAAUAUAA